AGGCGCCAUGAUCUGGCCGGAGGAGGACAAUUGCGCGUGCCCAGUAGACAGCAUGGACACCAAAAGGCACUCUGCUGAAAGGUGACCUCCAGACACUUCACCUCCACAAAACAUUUGAAUAUGCCAGGACAUAAACAUGAGCUCCAACAGCACAGACCCUGGUCUCUUCCUGAGUGCCAACACCGCGCCACCAGCCGGAGGCUACCCACAAUCCAAUGCUCUCCACCAAGGAGGAACUGGAGGGGCUUCCUCGUUCUUUUCCCAUGUGAAUACCCUGGAUGAUAAUUCUUCUUCCACCAGUAAACUCUUGAACCUCACCUCAGACCCCCAAAAUGGAAACAGAACUGUGGGUCCCUUGGGUGGCCACCCUGUGUGGCAGGUUGUCCUAAUUGUCUUGCUGACGGGAAUGUUGUCUCUCAUCACCGUCAUUGGCAACAUCCUGGUAGUGGUAUCCUUCAAGGUUAAUCGCCAGCUGAAGACGGUCAAUAACUACUUCCUUCUGAGCUUGGCAGUAGCGGACCUCAUCAUAGGAGUCAUCUCCAUGAACCUCUACACAGCUUAUCUUGUGAUGGGCUAUUGGGCCAUGGGCAACUGGGCCUGUGACCUAUGGCUGGCUAUUGACUAUGUGGCCAGCAAUGCAUCAGUUAUGAACCUCCUGGUCAUCAGCUUUGAUCGCUACUUUUCAAUCACCAGGCCUUUGACUUACCGGGCCAAACGAACCACAAAGCGAGCCGGGAUGAUGAUCGGCCUUGCCUGGGUGGUUUCCCUUGUUCUGUGGGCCCCUGCCAUCCUGCUAUGGCAGUAUUUUGAAGGUAAAAGGACAGUACCCACAGAUCAAUGUUACAUUCAGUUCCUCUCAGAGCCCACUAUAACCUUCUGCACGGCAAUGGCUGCUUUCUAUCUACCUGUGACGAUAAUGAGUGUUCUCUACUGGCGCAUAUACCUGGAGACCCAGAACCGUUCGAAAGAGUUAGCUGGACUACAGGGUUCAGGGACUCGUGGUGGGAUAGCGGGAAGAGGUGUGAACGGUGGGGCUGACAAAACCCGCUUUGUCCAUCAGACUGGAAGUUCUAGAAGUUGCAACAGCUACGAGCUAACCAGGUUGUCCAAGAGGAAGAGCACAUGUCGGGAGCUGGUUGGCCGCUUCCACUGCUGGCCCGGGGUUCGUUCUGGGAGACCUGGUAGUACAAGGAACAGCGAGGGCGAUCCGGAUCAGAGUAGCAGUGACAGCUGGAACAACAAUGAUGCUCCAGUCUCGUUAGACCACUCUGGGUCUUCAGAGGAUGAGGACUGUGGGGGCAGAGAGAUGAUUUCCCAGAGUCAUGCUAUUUUCUCCAUUGUUCUCAGCCUGCCAGGUAUAAAGGCAGCCGUCAACUCCCAGCUCUCCUCAUGUGAGGAACUGGACGCAGCCUCAGAGGAGGAUCCGCUAAAAGGAGCUGAGUACAGCCGGGACAGUCUCUCAACAGUCGCCACCAACACCACUGCCACCACGACCCCUGAUGGAGCCAACAGUUCAGACAAUAGCUACCACCAACGCUUCUGCUCACGUAAGAUUCAGUCAAUGCCUAUCAUCCAGGCUACGUCUAACCAAGGCAAUCUGGACGAUCCUCCAACAUCUGCUUCCACUGCCCCUGACAGGAAUAGCACCAGCACAGCCACGAAAUCCCCCUCUCUCCCAUUGUCCUUCAAAGAGGCCGCCCUCGCAACGCGUUUUGCCUCCCGAGCUCGGACUCAGAUCACCAAGAGGAAGCGCAUGUCGUUAGUGAAGGAGAAGAAGGCAGCUCAAACUCUCAGCGCCAUCCUCUUUGCUUUCAUCAUCACAUGGACCCCGUACAACAUCAUGGUGCUCAUCAAUGCCUUCUGCAAAGUCUGCAUCCCGGAGACGCUGUGGGCGGUCGGAUACUGGCUCUGCUACGUCAACAGCACAGUAAACCCCAUGUGCUACGCCUUGUGCAACAAGACUUUCCGCACAACCUUUAAGAUGAUACUGCUGUGUCGCUGGGACCAGAAGAAAAGGAGGAAGCAGCAGUUUCAGCAGAGGCACUCAGUGGUCUUCCACAGGAGGAUUCCUACGGAGACCACGUAAAGGACAAGACACUAAGAUGGUCAAAAUCUAAAGAGUUAACAUAGGAAGAGGAAGGAGCAUCCAUGUAUUUAUUUCUGUGGAGUUUCUUUACCUAGAGAUCCUCAAUGUGUCUCUCUGCUGGGACGUCACAGAGCGAUCCUAUGUGAUGGACGUCAGGUGUCUGUUUGUGUCGGUUCAUCAAUUGAGCGAAGCUGUUUGUAUGUGAGAAGGGUUUUUUAAGGUGAGGUCCAGAGAUGAGACCUCUCCAUCUGUACUUGGAGAACCAUGUCACGUUUGUACACCUGAGAGAAAUGAGCUGAGUGAAAACAAUAGAAAAGGGCUUUGAAAUGUAUCGCAGGAGAGUUAUUGAAGUGCAGUCAACACAAGGGGGAGAAGAUAUCUUUGUCACAGGGUUUGGGAUUCAUAUUUCUUAUCAUCGCUCUCUGUGGGUAACUAGAUCUGUAACAUGGUUUUGCAUUUCAAACAAAACUAUGUAUCUGUAAUGUGUCACUGACAGCCAAGACAAAAUGACUUUGGGUUUCACAGGCUUCUACAUUGAACUGAUUUGACUGGCUUGUGUUUUUAUCAGAACAUCUGUACAUUGCCUUUCUACAUGGAUAUAGCUUUCCUGUCCGAUGGAGUAUAAAGAAGUUCUUAAAUUGUGUCCUUACUUUUUUCGUCAACAGAGAUUUGUUAUUUUUGUGAUAUUCAUCUUUGUUUUUUCUAGAUAUUCCUGAGAUUUUUGAGCCAGUCUGAAAAUGAUUCUUCUGAUGACCUGAGUUGUGAAUAUUCCGUGUGGCACUACAGUCGGUGAACUGCUGCUGUGUUCAAUGUGAUUGUUGUGGUUUUUAUGGUGGAGACAAUAAGUACAUUGGUUGUGUUUUAUGUACUUGCGGUUUUUUGUCAAGAGUAUUGAUUAUACAAUGAUGAUAUUCUGUUUGUGUACAUUUGGAUAUUUCUGACUUGAUACACAAUGGUUGGUUUAACACACAGACACACAGACACACACACACACACACAUACACACACACACACACACAUACACACACACAUGCAGAUGUCCAUUUAUAAAGAUGUGUGUUUGAUUCUACACUACCUUUUACAUUUAUACAAAACUACACAUCCUAGAAGCUCUUUGUAAAAGGUGGUCCAUCUUUUGUAUGAUAGAGCAAUGGCAGCCUCUAGUGGCCUGAGAAAGACUUGCAGUCAGACUGUCAAUCCAACUAUGUUUCAGUUCAUCAUUUUGCUUAUAUUGAAUAAAUCUAUAUUUUAAAUAUAUAGUUGGCAUAUAAAAAAAGAAUGGCCACAUUCAUCAAAGGUAUAAUGUUUAACUUUCUGUCGUCAUCUGGGUUUUCUCUGUCAUUGCAUAUAAUUUGUGGGUGAAGUAUUUCUUCUUUAAAAUGAUUAAUAAGACUCGUCAUUGAUUUGUAUAUAGAGUUUACCCCUGCCUUGGUCUACGGUACAUCAUGUUUCUCCAUGUAGAAAAUGGAGAAACACCACAUACCAACAAAAGUAAGCAUUAAGGUGCCACCUAAGGCAAGGAUUUUUAUUUGAGUUUUAUUUUAAUGCGCAUUAUGUUGUUCUUAUCUUAUGUGGAUUGUUUUUACAUUGUUGCUGCACUGCAUUAUUUUCGUAUGAAUAUUGAGAUAAAGGUAUUGUAGGCUGGGAACAGACUGCAUCACGGUGCCUGACGUGUUGAAGAAGGAGUAGAGUGGAUUCUGUUAGAUGCAGUGGUCAAACAUAAUGUGCUGAAUGCAAAGGAGAUGUAAAAAAUAUAUAUAUAUAUAUCUCUUUCCUGUCAACAGUGGAUAUGAUGUGUGCUUUCAACACAAUGUGCUCCAGUGUCACCAUAAACUCUUCAUCAAAAUGUGGGAUUUUUUGUACUUCGAUAUUGGGAAUGUAAACGACCAAAAUGGUGAACAUAAACAUUUUGUUACAUUUCAAGUAUGCCAAUCGUACUCAUAUUUUAAGUCAAUAAACAAACUUUUUGACACAAA